CGUCACCACGUGACAUUAAAAAAACUAUAUUAUACCUAUAUAGUAGCUUAUACUAAAGGAAAUUUGAAUGAUUUAAGAAGGUUGAGAUUAACAUUUGGAAGGUUUAUGAGAAAUUUCCAUCACUAACAAAAGGCCAAGAAAUUGAAGCAAAAUUUCAAAAUACUCUUGCAUGGAAUUCAAAGUGAAAUUAGCAAUAAAAUAGAACCAACAUGGCUAGUUUGAAGAACUUCAAUGUCACCACAAACUCUACUAAGGCACAAGAUUCAAGCUUUCUAAACCAAACACUAACCGGAAAUAUUGUGAGGAAAAUCUUCAAGAUUCUUUUCUAUCUCCACUUGCUUAUAAUUUCACUUUUGGUAAUUAUCCUCACAAUCUAUGGCCUAAUCACUACCUCUCAAACCCACAAUUUCCAUCCAAUGAAGUGGUACCCUCCACUCUUCAUCUCUAUAGCAUGUGCUGGAGUUUUUGGUUUCACAUGGCAAUGGAUCACUCUCAAGAACCCUAAAAAAGCUUUAAGCGCAAUAUUUUGGCUUAGCCCUUUGCUUACAUGUGCAAUGGCCAUUAUGCUUGUGUACAUUGAAUCUCCAAUAAGUCUUAUAAUAGGUAUUAUUGCUUUGGUUUCUUCAUUGAUUCAAUCCCUUUAUAGUUGUUGGGUCAGUCAUAGAUAUGAAUAUGCCAACAAAAUUUUGUCAACUUCAAUAGCUGAUUUUCCAUUCAAAAGCAUGAUGAUAUUGACAUUUUCAUCAAUCCUCAUUGGAAUUCUUUAUUGCUUUUUUCUUGUAAUUGGAAUUGGAGGAGCAAAAGCAAUUGAAAACAAAACAAAGCUAACUUCCUUAUUCAUUAUGGUGAUUUUGUUGAGCCUAGGGUGGACCAUGCAAUUUCUUAAGAAUGUGAUUCAAGUCACAAUUUCAAGGGUAAAGUAUAUGAAUUUAGGUUGUGGAGUAAUGAUGGACCCAAGUGUUGCAUUGAAUGAUACUUUAAAGUACUUCAUUGGAAGUGUUUCAAUUGGUUCAAUAUUAGUACCAUUUAUUUCAACCUUUAGGGGAUUUGCUAGGUCAAUAAAAAUUGCUGGAGGAGAUAGUGAUGAAUUCAUGUUUUCUUGUGUUAGUUGCUAUAUGGGAAUUGCAUCAAUUCUUGUGAGUUGUGGAAAUAGGUUUGGUUUUGUGCAUGUUGGAGUUUAUAAUAAAGGGUUUGUGCAAGCAUCAUGUGAUACUUGGGACAUUUUUAAUAGGGUUGGAUUGGUGCAACUUAUAGACUUGGAUCUCACUGGAUCAUUUUGCUUCUUUAGUGGAGUGGCUGGGGGUGCAAUUAGUAGCCUAGUGAGUGGAAUUUGGAGCAUUGUGUUAGACAAGAACUAUGCUACUGAAUUGUCCAUUUAUGGUUUCCUCAUUGGGUACUUUAUGGUUCGAUUGGCUUUGGCAUGUCCACAAGCAUGUGUCUCUGCUUACUAUGUUGCUUAUGCAGAGAACCCACAAAGCACUCAUUUUGACUCUACUAUCCCAAUGCGAUUGGAACAGUUGCAAAGAUCUCAAGUAUAGAAAACAUUAGGAGAAAUAAUUUUGAAAGAUUUAUAUUAGCUGCAAAUUAACUUGAUGAAAAUAACAAGUUGAAGAUAAUUUUGUACUAUCGAUAAAUGUAAUUUUGUAGUCUCCAAUUAUGAUACAUUGAUGCCAUGUAAUGUUCCUUUCAUUCUCAUUGGCGUGUGACUAGAAGGGCUCCCUUUCCUAUUAGUACUUACAAUAUGUGUAACCAAAGAUGAUUUCAAGUUAAUAUUAACAAGAUCCCACAUAGUUAAUACAA